CGUCACGUGUUAGGACUCGCCCCCGAAGCGCGGUCACGUGCCCUGAGCCCGGACGGCGGAAGCGGCGCGGUUGCCAGGCGGCCGUUGGAAGGCACGCACUGCGUGCCCUGCGUGGGGCGCGCGGCGGCAGAGGCGGCGAGCGGCGGCGCCAUGGCGCGAGUGUGGCAGCACCCGUUUCUCAACGUCUUCCGACACUUCAAGGUGGACGAGUGGAAGCGGUCCACCAAGGAGGGCGACGUGGCCGCCGUGACGGACAAGACCCUCAAGUGCAGCGUGUAUCGCGUCCGGGGCUCUGUCUCUGCCGCCAAUUACAUCCAGCUCCCUAAGACCAGCACCCAGUCUCUGGGGCUGACUGGACGUUACCUGUAUGUGCUCUUUCGGCCCCUGCCCACCAAGCAUUUCGUCAUUCAUCUGGAUGUGGCCACCGAGGACAGCCAGGUCAUCCGACUGUCAUUUUCUAGUCUCUACAAGGAGGUUAAGUCUACAGCCAUGUGGCUUCAGUUUCCUUUUGUCUGUGAGCCUGGGGCACCCAGGAAAGCAGAGCUGGCCAGUGUGGCCCCCCCUGGCACCCGCUGGACCUGCCUGCAGCUUGACUUGCCGGACCUCCUCCUGGUCUACCUGAACCGGCGCCACAGUCACCUCAAGAGCAUCAGGCUGUGUGCCAGCCUGCUGGUCAGGAGCCUCUACACCAGCGACCUGUGCUUCGACCCUGCUGUCACGGUCGCUGAAGCCCGGCGCGCGAAGCUGUCGGUCACCCCCAUACCUCGAGAGAUGGCGUUCCCAGUGCCAAAAGGGGAGAGCUGGCACGACCACUACGUCCACAUCCGGUUUCCGAACGACCGCUGGAAAAGGCUGUCCGAAACGGUGCAGGGGGGCUGUCCCUCUCCCGAGGCAGCUGGGCUUCCCUCUCAGCCGGCGACCCUCAGCAAGCCUCUGCAGGACAGCGCGUCUCCUGUGGUCCGGAAGCGCGGCCCCACGGUGUCCCACCGGGCCUCCUUGGCACCCGGGCCCCUUCCAGACGUCAGCCUGUCCUGCCGGCGGUCGGAGAGCUCCAGCGCAGGUGGCCCCAGUGGCCGUAGCCACAAGCCUGGGGCCCGGGUGGAAGCCACUGACGAGCACGCAGCCAGUGACGCCCUUCACGUGUCUGCCUGUCAGCCAGCGGUGGCGCCCACGGCCCCAGAGGCCACAGCUCCACGAGGGAGCUUCCUCCCGGAUCCCAUCCUGAGGCUGAAAGGGGCCAUCGGCUUUGGGGGUCACAGCACCACAUGGGCCCUGUGGACCAGGGACGGGGCUGCUGUCGUGUAUCCUUGCCACGCUGUCAUUAUCGUCCUGAGUGUCGACACGCAGAAGCAGCGUUUCUUCCUUGGCCACAUAGACAAGGUCUCCGCCCUGGCGCUGGACGGGCGCGGCGCGCUGCUGGCCUCAGCCCAGGCCCAGCCCCCGAGCAUGCUGCGCCUCUGGGACUUCCGGACUGGGCAUUGCCUGUGUCUGUUCCGGAGCCCGGGCCACGCCAUCUGCUCCCUCAGCUUCUCCGACAGUGGGGAGCUGCUCUGCGGCGUCGGCAAGGACCGCCGUGGGCGGACGGUGGCAGUGGUGUGGGGCACCGAGCAGGUGGGCCGAGGUGGAGAGGCUGCCGUCCUCGCCAAGGCCCGCACCGAUGUCCACGUCCAGGCGUGCGAGUUCGCCUUUUCUGAUGAAACCAGGAUGGCAUCGUGCGGGCGGGGCAGCGUGCGGCUGUGGCGGCUGCGAGGUGGGGGGCUGCACUCCUGCCCCGUGGACCUGGGGGAGCACCAGGUGCUGGAGUUCACUGACCUGGCUUUCAGGCAGGACCAGGACGGCCAGACGCUCUACGUGUGCAGCCGCAGUGGCCACAUCCUGGAGAUUGACUGCCAGCGCAUGGCCGUGCAGCGUGCUCGCCGCCUGCUGCCAGCACAGAGCCCCGGUGACUCUCUCCCGCAGAAGCAGAACUUCUCGUCUGGGCCGGGCAUUGCCAUCAGCAGCCUCAGCAUGUCCCGGACCACGUGCGCCGUGGGCUCUGAGGACGGCUUCCUGCGCCUCUGGCGCCUGGACUUCUCUGCUGUGCUCCUGGAGACAGAGCUCGAGGGCCCCGUCAGCUCCGUGCGCCUCAGCCCUGACGGCCUGCGCGUGCUGUCCACCACCUCCUCCGGCCUCCUGGGCUUCCUGGAUGUCGUGUCCCGCGAGUACAGUGUGCUGGCGCGCUCCCACACUGCCCCCGUGCUGGCCCUGGCCGCUGAGUGCAGCCGGGGCCAGCUGGCCACGGUGUCCCAGGAUUGCACCGUCCGCAUCUGGGACCAGGCGACCCUGCAGCAGCUGUACGAGUUCACGUCUCAGGAGGAGGCCCCGUGUGCCGUCGCCUUCCACCCCGUUCAGCCCACCUUCUUCUGUGGCUUCAGCAGCGGGGCCGUCCGCUCCUUCAGCCUGGAGGCCGCGGAGGUCCUGGUGGAGCACAGGUGCCACCAGGGAGCCAUCACUGGCCUGGUCGCCAGCCCGGACGGCAGCCUCCUGUUCAGCUCCUGCUCUCGGGGUGCCCUGGCUCAGUACCAUAGCAGCGCCCCCCGCUGCCGUGUCCUGAGAGUGGCAGCCAACGUGGUGUGCCAGGCCUGUCUGGGCCCUGGUGUCCUCGCUGUCAGUGGGGAUAGUCGCUUGCUGGCCGUCGUGGGUCCCUCCAAGGACACGGUGACUGUCAUGGACACGGCCUCACUUGUUGAGCUGCUGCGGGUCGAUGUCAGCACACUGGACCCGGCUGGCGGCCGCCUGGACUCGGCCGUGGCCGUCUGUUUCGGCCCUGCAUCCCCUGGCCACCUGCUUGUGUCCACGUCCUCAAACACAGUGGCGGUGCUAGACUCCACAUCGGGCCGCGUGGUCCGGGAGCUGUCUUGUGUGCAGCCCGCAGCCUGCUCCUGCCUGGCUCUCAGCGAGGAUGGCCACUUUCUUCUGACAGCCAGCCACCGGGCCAUCAGGCUGUGGGACUACUUGGCGGAGGCUGGCCCCACCUGCCAGGUUUUCAUCGGCCACUCGGAGCCAGUGCGGGCCGUGGCCUUCAUCCCCGGCCAGCGGCAGCUCCUCAGCGUGGGAGACGCUGUUUUUCUCUGGGACAUCCUGGCUCCCCCUGAGCAGUGCCCCCCAGAAAGCGUCCACGGCUCACUGGAGGGCCCAUUGACCUGCGAGGCUGGACAGCCCGGCUCCUUCCAUUCUCAGGCCUGGGUGUGGGGCAGCCGGAGGACACAGUAUCCGAAGCCAGUGAGCUCCCCCAGCAGCCGGCGCCUGUGCCGUCUCAGGUGUCUCCACCACAGCCGAGUAUCUGCACCAGGCCCCCCGAGGGCUAUGACGGUGCUCUCUCCACGUCGGGUGAGAGCCGUGGGCCCGAGGGGCUCCCUCAGGCCUCACACCCACCCACGCUGGCGCAGGAGGAUGGCAGGGCUGGCAACGGGGCCUGGGGAGCUGCAGGGGGCCCCUGGGAGUGCGGCGUGCCUCCCUGCCCCCGUGGUCAGCCCGUUUCUCUCUCUCCCGACAGGCGCCUGCAGCCCCAGCAGAGCCAGGGCCUGGCCUGCCGCUGGCCCGGACCCCUACCAGCACGUCCGAGCACACCCGCAGGCCUCCCUGCCGGCCCAGGUUGGCCGAGAUGGGGGCCCCUGCCACAAGCAGGGCCUGUUCUUCCCUGGGGCCGGCGACGAGCGCUUGCGCCUGAAAGCUGUCUUGGGCUACAACGGGAACGGCCGGGCCAACCUGGUGUGGAGGCCGGACACAGGCUUCUUCGCCUACACGUGCGGCCGUCUGGUGGUGGUGGAGGACCUGCACUCCGGGGCCCAGCAGCACUGGCUCGGCCACCCUGGGGAGAUCUCCACGCUGGCCCUCAGCCACGACGCCCAGGUUCUGGCCUCUGCCUCCAGCCGAAGCAGUGCUGACUCCCACUGCCAGAUCCGCCUCUGGGAUGUGCCGGGGGGCUCCUGCCGGCAGCUCCUCUCUCACCACGACACUGCUGUCCAAGCCCUGGCCUUCUCCCCAGAUGACGGGCUCCUGGUCACCCUGGGGGACUGUCGGGACCGCACCCUGGCCCUGUGGAGCCUGGCCACCCAUGAGCUCCUGUCCUCCGUGCCUCUCCCGGAGCCGGUGCACGGCGUGGCCUUCAACCUCUGGGACGCCAGCAAGCUCACCUGCGUGGGCCGGGGAGCCAUCAUCUCGUGGCUGCUGCAGCAGCACGGGGGCAGCAUCAGCUUCCAGGUCCACCGAGAGCCCACCCCCAAGGAGGUGGGUGCCUGCGAGCUGACCUCGCUUUGCUUCGGGGCCGUGCCCCUGCUCUACUGCGGCUCCCACACUGGCCGGCUCUACGUCUGGGACAUGCGUGCCGGCCGCUGCUUCCUGGCCUGGGAGGCGGACGAUGGCCAGAUUGGAGUGCUGCUGUCGGGGGGUGAGCGGCUGGUCAGCGGCAGCAACACCAGCCGGCUGCGCCUGUGGGCCGUGGGGGCCGUGCCAGAGCUGAGGCACAAGGGCUCCAGUGCCAGGUCUGGCUCUGUGUUUCUGGAAGGCGAGCUGACCCUGGACGGGGCCGUGGUGAGUGCGGUCUUCCACGAUAGCAUGGACAUGGGCAUCGUGGGCACGGCAGCCGGCACGCUCUGGUAUGUCAGCUGGGCCGAGGGUGCCAGCACCCGCCUCGUCAGCGGCCACCAGAGCCAGGUGAACGAGGUCGUCUUCAGCCCUGGCGGGUCCCGCUGCGCCAUGUGCAGCGAUGACGGGAGUGUGAGGGUGUGGUCCUUGGCCAGCAUGGAGCUGCUCAUCCAGUUCCAGGUGCUAAGCCAGAGCUGCCUCUGCCUGGCUUGGAGCCCCCCAUCCUGUGGACGCCCCGAGCAGCAGCAGGUGGUGGCAGGCUACGGCGACGGCACGCUGCGAGUCUUCAGCGUCUCCCGGAUGGCGAUGGAGCUCAAGAUGCACCCCCACCCCGCCGCGGUGACAGCCGUCGUCUUCUCUGCUGACGGUCAGACUCUCCUGUCCGGAGACAAAGAGGGGCUCGUGGCCGUGAGCCGCCCUCGCACAGGUGUGACCCUCCGCAUCCUGAGAGACCACCGAGGGGCCCCGAUCUGCACCAUCCAGAGCACGAGAAAAGAGUAUGGAGACUUCGGGGCGGAGGGUGCAGACCUGUGGCUGGCCGCCAGCGGGGACCAGCGGGUCAGCGUCUGGGCCUCUGAUUGGCCGCAGAACCACUGUGAGCUUGUGGACUGGCUGAGCUUCCCAGCGCCUGCCCUCACAGAGGUAAGAAUCCCAGUAGCCCGGUGGGCAGAUGCUGCCCACCCUCUCCCAAUGCCACACUCUCCACAGGUGCCCGGCUGCCUGCCACCAACCUUGGCUGCCUUCUGUCCCUGGGAUGGGGCGCUGCUGGCAUGUGUGGGCCUCGGCCCGCACCACGAGGUGCUCUUCUACAGCCUCCGGCAGAAGCAGGUGGUGGAGAGGAUCCCGUUGCCUUUCUUUGCCGUGUCCAUGAGCCUAUCCCCCAGGGCCUGCCUCAUGGCUGUCGGCUUUGCUGCCCAGGUAGGAAAAACGUCAUUGAUCCUGUCGCUGGUGGGCGAGGAGUUCCCCGAAGAGGUCCCCCCUCGGGCAGAAGAGAUCACCAUUCCCGCGGACGUCACUCCAGAGAAGGUGCCCACCCACAUCGUGGAUUACUCAGAAGCUGAGCAGACAGCCGAGGAGCUCCAGGACGAGAUUCAGAAGGCCAGCGUGGUGUGCGUGGUAUAUGAUGUGUCAGAGGAGACCACUGUCGAGAAGAUCCGAACCAAAUGGAUCCCGCUGGUGAAUGGGAACACCAGGAGAGGUCCCAGGGUCCCCAUCAUCCUGGUGGGCAACAAGUCAGACCUGCGGCCGGGGGGCUCCAUGGAGGCCGUGCUGCCCAUCAUGAGCCAGUUCCCCGAGAUCGAGACCUGCGUGGAGUGCUCGGCCAAGAACCUGAAGAACAUCUCGGAGCUGUUCUACUAUGCACAGAAGGCUGUGCUGCACCCCACCGCCCCCCUCUAUGACCCUGAGGCCAAGCAGCUGAGGCCCGCUUGCUCCCAGGCCCUCACCCGCAUCUUCAGGCUCUCAGACCAGGACAUGGACCAGGCGCUCAGUGACCAGGAGCUCAACGCUUUCCAGACGUGCUGCUUCGGGCACCCUCUGGCCCCGCAGGCCCUGGAGGACGUGAAGCUGGUAGUGAGCAGAAACGUGGCGGGAGGCGUGCAGGACAACCGGCUGACCCUGGACGCAGGCUUCCUUUUCUUGAACACGCUCUUCAUCCAGCGCGGCCGCCACGAGACCACGUGGACCAUCCUGAGGCGCUUUGGCUACAGUGACUCGCUGGAGCUGACGCCCGACUACCUCUUCCCUGUGCUCCACGUGCCCCCCGGCUGCAGUGCAGAGCUCAACCACCGAGGCUACCAGUUUGUGCAGAGGAUGUUUGAGAAGCACGACCAGGACCAGGACGGCGCCCUCUCGCCGGCAGAGCUCGAGAGCCUCUUCAGCGUGUUUCCCGCUCCUCCCUGGGGUCCCCAGCUCCCCGACACCGUCCGCACGGAGGCCGGUCGGCUGCCCCUGCACGGGUACCUCUGCCAGUGGACCCUGGUGACCUACUUGGACGUCCAGCGCUGUCUCGAGCACCUUGGCUACCUGGGCUACCCCACCCUCUGUGAGCAGGACUCGCAGGCGCACGCCAUCACAGUCACCAGGGAGAAGAGGCUGGACCAGGAAAAGGGGCAGACACAGCGAAACGUCCUCUUGUGCAAGGUGCUGGGGGCCCGGGGAGUGGGCAAGUCCUCCUUCCUGCGGGCCUUCCUCGGCCGUGGCCUGGGGGAUGCCCGGGGGCCCCCGGAGGAGCCCUCCGUCUACGCCAUCGACACCGUGCGGGUCGGCGGCCAGGAGAAGUACCUGAUCCUCUGCGAGGUGGCCGCGGACAGCCUGCUGACGGCCGAGGCCGACACCUCCUGUGACGUUGCCUGCUUGAUGUUUGACGGCAGUGACCCUGGCUCCUUCGCGCUGUGCGCCAGCGUCUACAAGCGCCACUACAUGGACGGGCAGAUCCCCUGCCUGUUCAUUUCUUCCAAGGCCGACUUGCCCGAGGGCCUCUCGCCACCCGGCCUGUCCCCGUCGGAGUUCUGCCGCCGGCACCGACUGCCCGCUCCGACCCUGUUCUCCUGCGCUGGUCCGGCUGAGCCCAGCAUGGCCGUCUUCGCCCGGCUUGCAACCAUGGCCGCCUUCCCACACCUUGUCCACAGGGAGCUGCAUACCACCUCCUUCUGGCUCCGGGUGGCGCUGGGGGCCGUCGGGGCCGCUGUCGCCGCCAUCCUCAGCUUCUCACUCUACAGGGUCCUGGUGAAGAGCCGAUGAGCCCCAGGACCCCACCGUCUGAUCUCAGGGCCCCCGGGGCGCUGGCAUGGGGCCACCUGCUCGGGGGGUGGGGAGGGCGAGGAGCAGGUGUGCUCCAUCUCAGCUUCCCUUCCGAGGCCAGCCCUGCUCCCGCCUCAGCCCUGAGGGUGGGCUCCCAGCCCCUAGCACCCCACCCUGCCGAGGACGCUGGGCCGCGCCUCCUCUGUGGGCGCCAUGUCGGAGGGACUGGAGGACGUUGGGUGAGGAAAGCAGUGACCCCAGACCCCAAUUCUCAGGGCUCCACCCCUCCUUCCCAGGCGGGUAGGAACAGGGUAAGAAGGCAGAGCUUUGGGCCGGAGGUGGGGGAGGGCGGGCAAGAAGUGGCUGGACUGUUGUGCACACCCCCCCCCUGUCUGGAGACAGGCCCGGGGCUAUGCCCCUCACCAGAGACGAUGAGAUAGGGCUUCCGGAUUAAACUUCACUGUGUUUUUUCUA